AUGCUACAGUACCCUUGUAAGAGUAGUGUGAAAAUUGAUUUUGGCGGCACGGAGGGGGGACCCCAGACAGAGGGGUGGUAUUUCGAGAUCGCCAAAGUCUCUCGCCCACUUCAACCACUCCUGCUCGUUCUCUUGCGCCCCCCUAGUCAUUUAAUCGACGCAAACGCACUGAGGAAAACUUUCCCUUCCCAGCGAUACUGGUCUGGGAGCGUGCUUCCGACAACUUCCCCUGCUGUCGGGGAGAGAAGGAAGAAGGAGGCGAGUCGGUUCUCCACGCCUCCGCCAGCCUCCGCCAGCUGUAUCUUUGGUUCUAUCAAACCAAUGUGA